CCUGAAUCGCUGAAUUAUUAUCUUCUUCUCAUUCCCAGUACUCUGAUUGUCGUCGUCUUUUGCAGUUUCCUCAACUGGCUCGGCCUUAAAUUCUUCCGUCAUAAUUAGCAGCACCACAUUCGUUUUUACUUUCACAAUGCCUGCUGUUAAACAAGAGGAUAUGGAGGCAAAGUGCUUUCAGUUAAAUCGUGUGGCUAUUGUGUCAAACAUUUCUGAUGAGAACAGUUUGAAUUUCAUUAUUGAUCAUUUAUUGAGCCAACAGAUUGUAACAAAUGCCAUGAUGGAAAUAGUGACGGUCCAAAGAACCCUGUCGGAUAAGAUACGGGCACUUCUUGACAUCCUGGUGAGGCGACAAAAGGGAACGUUUUCUGUUUUCUGUCAGGCCUUGGUUCUGACGGGCCACCAGGAUCUCUGUGAGAAAUUGGAGAACACCAUGAAGUCUCUAGACCCUUCCUACACUUUCCUGCAGAUUGACGCCAAUUCUGAGUCUACCCCUGGGCCCAACACGGGCCAUGUGACUACAGAACAACAAACAGAUAAAAGAUUUCGACACAUGUUGUCAGAGAUAGCAGAGGAACUUGGCGGAGAUGAUCUGAAUGAAUUAAGAUUCCUCUUUCGAGAUGUUUUGAAGGAGAAACAUGAAAUUAAGAAUGUGAUGGAUCUCUUUAACAUCUUGAUUGAUGGAAAAAUCAUACACAUUGGUGAAGUGGGUUCAAUUGUAGAAGCACUGGAGAUGAUGCAAAAGAACAUUUUGUCUGAGAAGAUAAAAGACUUCUAUACACAACACACUAUGCCUGUACCAAUGAUACGCUCAUAUAUUAGUAAGUUUACUGCUCUACUUUACAACUUCGGCUGUGAUCUUACAAAAGAUGAUAUCAACAAGCUGAUGUUUUUACAUAACAUCCAAGGAGCCAACAAGGAACAAGCUAAAAAAAAUAGGUGGAAGCUUUUAUCCAUUUUACUCACAAAGAAGAUAUUUCGGGAAGGAGAUGUCAGCAGCAUUAGAGAAGCUGCUGAACAACUCCAGGGCACCACAGAGAGUCCUCCGACUGAAGGUGCAAGCUUUAACCCACCUACAGAUCAUCUGGAUUCUGACUCUGCUCAGUAUUUUGCUGCUACUCCCCCUCGUAGUCUUGCUGAUAAAGAGGCUAUCGACAUUGAUCAUCUGAUAGGGAGUGUGGGACCUGCAAUACAAAUCCUGCAGGUUAGGUCAAAACUUGCCAUAGCCAUAGAGAGGAGCGUCAAAUCAUCAUCAUCAGCUGAAGUUGCUGAGAUCCUCCGUUCGGUGGCCCAUGAGGUUCAGUCAGGGGACGACCCUGCAGUUGGAAAGAAGUUACAUGAUCUUAGUUCUUAUUUAUCUCGUCGACCACUGACCUUCGUCAGAAAUGCACUAGAGAAGCUGAGGUCAGCAAUGUAUGGAGGUAGUGAUCCACCAAUAACUCACAUCCUGAAUUCCAGUAAAAACAGAGAUGUUCUGGUGCAAAUCAACUUUCCGCGCGAAGAGGCAAAUAAACUGAAGACUGCUGAUUGGUCUACAAAUUUCUUGAGGCUAUCGGUUGACAUCUAUAAUUCUGGCAUAGAUAUAACAAAAGAUGCUUUCAGAAUUAUAAUGAAAAAUGACACAUAUUCUGAAAGCAUUUCAAACGCUCUUAAAAAACUGUCAUUUAUGUUGAGAAAAAUAACACAUGGUUCCAUAGUAAUUUUUAUUGGAGCAUAUACACCAGCAGCUUUUCAGAACUUUCCUAUGCAGCUUAUUAAUGGCAACAUUGCAGAUGCCAUUGGCCAAAAUCUAGUUGAUGGCUUGGAAUCUGCAGGAACUGAUAUAUUUGAUAAUUUUACCAUUAAUUGUAACAUAAAUAUCAUUCCUGCUAGUGUGGUGGAAACAGCAGGAACAUUGCAGUCACAUGCUGCAACAGACCCGAAUGAGCAGCCAUCACAGCCACACGCUUUUGCUCCUGUUGCUGCUGAGCAGCCGAUGGAAUUAGGAGAUACAUAUAUAAUGCCAGACAAUUUCCCAUCAAUUGCACCCAGCAGUAUCCCAAAUGGCGGACAACUAAGUAGCUCAUUUAGCAAGAUUUCUGUGAUCGAGAAUGUAGAAAACCCUGCAAGUAACAAGCACACAAGUACCCACCCUGCUGGUCUUGUAUCUGGGGAUAGUCAGGCCCGUGACCAGCACACGAAUACCCACCCUGCUGGUCAUCCAUCUGGGGAUAGUCAGGCCAGUGACCAGCAUGCAAGUACCCACCCUGCUGGUCAUCCAUCUGGGGAUAGUCAGGCCAGUGACCUGCACGCGAAUACCCACCCUGCUGGCCGUCCAUCUAGGUAUAGUCAGGCCAGUGACCGGCAUGCAAAUACCCACCCUGCUGGUCAUCCAUCUGGGGAUGGUCAGGCCAGUGACCAGCAUGCAAGUACCCACCCUGCUGGCCAUCCAUCUGUGGAUGGUUCGGCCCUCAAUGCAGAGUCCUCUGAGUCGGACCUGGAAAGUGAAGAUGAUGCCAGCCAAACUGCCCCUAAGAUGGUGGGGAUCCAAGCGAAGGAGGACAAUCUACCCAACAACAUCACGGCCGUUGAGAUGAGCAGAGACGAGAUGAGAGAGUUCUUUGAUGAAUCUGGACAACACCUGUGUGAGGGUGGAGCCGGCAAGAUAUAUGAAGGUGUAAAGAAGUACAAGGGUCUUAAGGUAGUUGUCAAGGUGAUGCACAAAUGUACAAACGAGGACAGAGACAAGAGAGCUUAUGAUUCAUACUGCACUGAGAUGAUGGUGUCCCGGAAGAAACAUCCGUUUUUGUUACCCCUACUUGCGUACAGUGGACGUUGCUUAGGAGAUGAAAGUAGUCCAGAAAACAGGCAGUAUUAUCUGAUGUAUCCAUAUAUGGAAAACCGUGACCUACAGUGGUAUUUAAAACAAGUUUGGGAUGGCCAAUCAAGGCUUGAAUGGACAGACCGUGUACGUAUUCUGUAUCAGACAGCCAUUGGGCUCCAGUACCUACAUUCUAGUGGUGAGGAGAGUAGUGAUGCAAGAAGAGGGCAGAUCCUGCAUCGAGAUGUGAAAAGCGCCAACAUCUUGUUGGAUGAAAAUCUGAAUGCGCGACUUGGUGACCCGGGGCUGGCUAAAGAACUGGAUGAUGGGAUUUCUAGGACAAAUAUCACAUCACAAACUGGAACGCCAGGAUACAUAGAUCCAUAUGUGGGGCAGACUGGCGAAUUCCGACCAAUAAACGAUGUCUUUGGUCUUGGUGUAGUUAUGCUGCAACUGCUGCUAGAUAAAACGGAAAGGAUAGAAGUUAAAAACAAAAGGGGGAAAACUGUAAAACAAAAUUUGGAAGUCAUUUGGCGUAGAAAGUCUGAGAAGGAACUGCUGGAAGAAUCUGUUUCUGCCUGGCCUAAAGAUGGUGAACAAAAGAAGUUCACUGAAAAGUUUGUCAACUUGGCAUUGAAAGCAUUAGCUCAGCCAGUGAUUCCAGAAGAUGAUGUCGAUGAUGUUCGAAUUAGUCUUAAUGAACUAUGUGAGGCCAUGGAGAAUCUUCUGUGUGAAGCUGGCAUUACGAGGUGGAAUAGCCCCACGCCAUCAAGUGAUGCCAUCAUCAUGUGUGUGUCAUGUAUGGGCAAACAGGCAGCGAAGGUGAAACCACUUUCCUUGUCUUGUAAUGAAAGCUGUGCUCAGUUUUGCCGUGGCUGCCUCUCGAAUCAUAUGGAGAAUCCACUCUGCUGUCCGAAACAUGGGUCAUGUCUCCCAUCAGUCGGUCACAAGAACAAGUUUGUUCUGAUGGUUUCCGCCAAUGUCGCUGAUAAGGAUGAGAGAUAUAUAUUCUCAGCUGACCUUAAGACCAUGAAGAAGGUCUUAAUGGAUAAAACUAUCAUUGGAGUGAGACCUGAAAACAUCCACACCAUUGAUGGAAAGGAUGUUCCAUCGAACAAGCAGAUGAAAACCCGAGUGUUUGAGGAAUUGGCAAACAUUGAAAAGGACAUGAAAGAAAAGCCACAUGCUUUUUUCUUGUUUUAUUUUUCGGGACAUCACAGCAACAAACGAUUCCGUGUGGGAAGAGGUACAACAGACAUGGAUUACCUCACAGAACAAGAACUGAAGGACCGGAUCCAUCGCCUGAACGCGGAGUACAUGUUGUUUAUCCUCGACACAUGUUACAGCGGAGGUGCUGACCUGGGAGCAAAGGACGACAACCCGUCACUGCAGACAGAUAACUCCAUGCAACAAGAGAGUGCGUACUGUGCUCCUGUCCUGUGGGAUUUGUUUCAGCUGUCGACAGAUGGGCCAGAUCUCCGACCAAAGGAUGAAAAUACUCGCCAUGUCAUACAGUGGUCCUCUUCGACCAAGGAUCAAACUUCAUUCUACAGUAGAAGGAAGAAAAGAAGUAUUUUCACACGUUCUAUUACAAAGCUUCUAACUGGGAAGUGUCUUUCGUCGAGUGGACCCUGCGAUCACUGUAAGACAUACCGCGACGCUGUACGACUCAACGACUGUAUUUUCCUCAAACCAAUCCACAACAGUGUCUUGAGUCAUGUGAAGCAGUUCGUACUGCAGCAGAGACAAAACGAAGAUAUCACAGUUCCAGAACCGCAACUCUCGCCGGACCUUGAUGAUGAAGAAAUGGCAAAGUUUCCUCCUUUAGCAUACAACAAAUGUCAGUACUAAU